AUGCCAUUAUUGAUUCUCUUUGCAACACGCUUGUCUGCCGUUGGGAAAAAAUUGCCGUCUUGUGUAUCCCGAUACCCGUUGCACCUUGUUUGGUACUUCUUGAUGGGGUUGAAGAAUCUGGGAACUGUUGAAAGAGUAGGACUUGCGGACACUCUAGUGAGGCUUCUCGAUGUGUUUAAGCUAAUCAACUGCAAGAUGAAAGCUAGAAGCUCAACGAUCACCUACUCAACAGCACAAGAGGCAAAUACCCGGGAACAAGAAAGUAGCCGCUUUGAGCAAACGGUGCACAGACGUUCUCAUCUGCAACGUUUUCUGUGGCUGCUUCGUAGGUCAAAAAGAAGGCAUUUCUGCAACAAGCCGGAAAGAUGCAAUCAAAUGAGUAGUGCCACUAAUGAGAUGCAUUCGUAUCGAUGCUGCGACAGCUCGCUCGAGCUCCACGAAUCCUUUCCAGCAGCCAUCAAAAUUCGAUUUUAA